UUCACAAGUGAUAUUUAUCAUUGUGUUCUUGGAUAAUUAAGCAAUGGCUGCCAACUUUGUUACAUAUCUAGCCAUCUUCACAUUCACUGCUGCAUUCUCCGGUGCACUUGCAUCGGACCCGGACUUGCUUCAAGAUGUCUGCGUGGCUCUACCAUCUUCUUCAGGGGGGGUAAAAGUGAACGGGUUUGCAUGCAAGGAUGAUGCAAAUGUGACGGCAGCUGAUUUCUUCUUCGACGGCCUUGCGAAGCCAGGGCUGAUCAACAACUCAGUGGGCUCUAUCGUAACUGCAGCCAAUGUGGAAAAGGUUCCAGGCCUCAACACACUGGGCGCGUCCCUGUCGCGCAUCGACUACGCACCUGGUGGACUUAACCCACCUCACACCCACCCGCGUGCCACUGAGAUAGUAUUUGUGCUGGACGGCGAAUUGGAUGUGGGAUUCAUCACCACAGCCAACAAGCUGGUUUCCAAGACCAUCAACAAAGGCGACAUCUUUGUGUUUCCUAGGGGUCUCGUUCACUUCCAGAAGAACAACGGGGACAAGGCCGCUGCUGUAAUUGCUGCCUUCAACAGCCAAUUGCCUGGUACUCAAUCCAUCCCUGCAGCAUUGUUCACGGCAACACCUCCUGUUCCUGACGAGGUCUUGACCAAAGCCUUCCAGCUUGGUACCAAGGAGAUUGACAAGAUCAAAUCCAAGCUUGCUCCAAAGAAAUAAUUAAAAUACAGUAUAUAUAUAUAUAUUUUAAUAUAUAGUUAAUUCUUCACUCCACGCUGCCACCUAUUUCCAUUCAUUUUUCUAUUUUUCUUUCCUCCUCCCUCUAUCAUUGCUUCAAAUUCAAUCUUUUAACUUCGGUCGAUGUCCCGAUCUGUUGGGAAUUUGAUUUUUGAUCAACUUUACUUUAGAAUUAAUGUAUAUGAAUAUGGAAAAUAAAAUAGUCGACUUUGAUCAAA